AUGGAGAAGGUGCCAAUCAAACGGUCCCUCCUGGCUCUCAAUCUACGAGCCUUCCUGCCCCGAGCUCUGGAAAUGGGGAAAGGCCGUCCUGGGGUCACAACGCUGCGUGUUUUCAUUCAGAGAAACCCCACUGCUGUUCUUUUCUCAUUACCCACAAGCCUUCUGUCUGUGCAACACGCCUCAGCCUCAGGUUAA